AGUUUCAAAAGACACGCCAAACAGUGCGAAACGUUCUCGAUCGCUGUGGAAAUUGCAAGUAAAAUACGGAACUCAAACAAAAGUUCGGAAGUUUGCGUUCUUUAAAUCGAAAACAAAAGUAAAACUGUUAAUUGGUUUCCAAACAAAUAAAAAGUACCGGCAAACAAAAUGCACAGCAAACUUUUGGACGAGCUAAAUGAAAAUGGCUACAUUGUCAUCGAGGAUUUCCUCACGCCUGAAGAGGUGGACUCCCUGUUCCAGGCGGGCAGAGCUCUGUGCCUGGAUGCUCCGCAGAAUAACCGGAAGAUCUUUAGCACCAUCAAGCAGGAAGAUGCCCAGGGCAAGGAGCUGUACUUCAUGGAGUCGGGCGACAAGGUGCGCUACUUCUUUGAGAAGGGGGCCGUGGGCGAGGAGGGUCAGCUGCUGGUGGAUCCCAUGAUUGCCCUGAACAAAGUCGGCCACGCCCUGCACGUGGAGCAUCCCGCCUUCAAUGCAAUUACUUUUAGUAACCGGGUUCGCGAGAUCUGCUGGCAGCUGAACUACAAUCGCCCUGCCGUCUGCCAGAGCAUGUACAUCUACAAGAAUCCCGGAGUGGGCGGCGAGGUCACUCCGCACCAGGACUCGUGGUUCCUGCACACCGAGCCCAACUCGGCGGUGGGCUUUUGGAUAGCCCUCGAGGACUGCACCCUGCAGAACGGCUGUCUGCAGUUCAUCAAGGGAUCGCACAAGAGCGGCGUCCACAGGCGCUACCUCCGCAAUCCCGACAAGGAUGCCAGCGAACUGAUGGUCUACGAUCGAGCAGCCCCCAUCUAUCCGCAGUCCAGCUUCACGCCAAUGCAAGUCAGCAAGGGAACCUGCAUCCUCAUCCACGGAAAUGUGGUGCACAAGAGUGAGCCGAAUCGGUCGCAAAAGAGCCGACACGCCUACACUUUCCACGUCAUCGAGACUGAGAACAACGUCAAGUAUUCUGAGGACAAUUGGCUGCAGGCGCCGAAGGAUAAGCCCUUCCCCGUCCUCUUCGAGCGCAAGGCCUGACGAUCUAAUAGGGAUCAAGAUUCGGUAUUUUCGCAUAUAAGUCACUAGUGAAUCUUUAAGUUUCGUUGUACACGCCAAGAUGUAUGAAGUAAUUGUAAAUGUAAUAAAUAAACUUCCUAUUGUAUUUAA